AUGAGUGAAUAAAAGUAGAAAGUUCACAAAACUUUAAGGAUCCAAUCAAAAGAAAACAUAGAAACAAAAAGAAAUAGCUUUGCAAAUACUCCUAAAGAAAGAGAUUAGGGAGAUGAAUUUAACACUAGUUUUGAGUAAAAUGAAUUUAAGAAUAUGAGAAAUUUCAAAUAAGGUUUAAUGAAAUCCAAAAUGCCAAAAGUCAACCAUGUUGUGAUUGAUGCAAUGAAAAUGGAAGAAGAUUAUGAGUAUACUUAAAAGGAUUUAAAAGAAAAUUUAGAUGACUGGUACCAGCGGACAAAAUCAAAAUUGAAGGAAAACUAAGAAAAUUCUAAUUCAUUUCAAGUAAAUGAUGUGAGAAAUUAAAAUUAAUAGAAAAUGCUCAUAGAAGGUAUGAAAGAGAAGUAUAAAUCUCCAAAUGUUGACUCAAAUAUUCUAAAUUCGAUUUUGAAAACAGAUUAAAAAAUAUAGAAAGGGUAGAAUUAGAUUGAGAGAUAUAAUGAAGAUUCUCCUUUUAAAAAUAAAUAAAUGGUUAGAAAUAGCUUUAGUUAUGUGCAGAAUGCAUAAAUUAAUGAUGAUUCUGAUAGCAAAUCUAGAAAUUCAGUUUUUUCUAGCUAGCCUAAUUUCAAAGGAUCCAAAAAGGUUUCUGUAUUUAAUGCUAACGCUGCUAAUACACAAGGAAAUAUUUGUACUAGCUUAACACUUUUGCAGUAAUACAACCCUAAUAAGGAGUAUAUCAAUCCAGAGUUAGUAAAAAAGAAAAAUAUCUAAAAGAUAGUUCAUAAUAUUAUUUAAGAUAAGAUGUAGAAAUUCAUGAAUAAACCUAAAGAAUACUCUUAGAAAUUCUAAGGUAUAAAAACAACAAAUGACUUAGGUGAUAGUGUUUAAAAUGAAACUUUGAAAAAUUUUAAGAGCCUAAGAAAAUACUUUAAUUUUGGAUAAAAAAUAGAUUACGAUUAACUACUCGCAAAAAUUUUAACUAACAAGCAAUUGCCUAGCAAAUUCUUUAACUUUACAGAAGAUGAAAUUAACCCAGCAUCGUCAUUUAAAGAUGUAGAACCAGAGUUACUGAGUCGCUAUUUAAGCAUAAAUAAAGCAAUAGAAGAAAAAAAAUCUUAGCAGAGAGUUUUUAGAAUAGAAGUGGCUAAGUGGGUUUAGAUUUUGAAGGAUAACCAAAAUGAUUUAAUCACAACUUAAAAUAGAUAAGAUGAGUUAAUGUAGUAAUAUCAUAUUUAAGAUAAAUCAAUCAAAAGGGUGCAAGCUUUACAGAAAUCAAAUGCAUUCAAAAAUAAAGCGCAAUAAAAGAAUAAAUAGCUAGUAGAAUAUAAUGAGGGUUUAUAGUUGGAGCUUGAUAAAUUGAAUGGUCAGCAGCAAGAACUUUCGAAUUAAUAACAAAAGCUUUAAGAUAAAUAGAAGGAGUUAGAGAUGAUCAUCAAUACUCUUAAUUAAGAUAUAGAAGCGAUAAUGAAUCACAUAGAUAAUUGUGAUAAAGAAGUAGAAAAACUGAAAAUGAGCAGAAUUAACCUAAAGACCUAUCUGAGACAAAACUAUGUAAAGAUGCUUAAAAAAGAUCUAAGUGCUCUGCCUACUGCUCAAAAAGAAAAUAUAUCACUUGUUUGGGUAAUAAAAUCUAUGAACAGCUUGGGAGAAGCUAUUGAAAGAGGAGAUUUUCCAUAAUAUAUUGAUUCAUAAGCAAUUGAAUUUUUAUAAGAAGCAGCAUAAAUAGAGUAGGAAGUAGAAGACUUAAAAUCCUCUAUCAGAAAUUACGAUUUUACUAAAUUCGAUUUAAGCUAAAAUAAGAAAAAUAGAUAUGAAAAAGUAAUUGAAAAUUUAAAUAAAAACAGUACUAAGUCAGAGAUAUAGAAAAAGCUUAAAGUUAUCACUGAAGAGAACUUAUAAGUAAAGAAGCCUAUUUUUUAAGUAAAUGCUGAUACUAAAAGGCAUGAAAUUCAAUGGGUUAGCGAUACUGUUAAUCCUGGUACUAUGAACAGUUUAAAUAAAUAUGAUGUAUAGGAUGAAGAUCUACAGAGUGCUGUUCAUGAAAGAUAAAAAAUAUUAGAAGUAAUCUAAGAAAAGCAAAGAUUUUAUUAAAAGAUAAAGGAUCUUGAAUUAGUCAGACACAUACAUCAAAAUGAAAAAAGAGAAGAUCCUAAUUUACUUAAAAAGUUAAUAUGUCUUUUUGGUACAAUAGAUGGAUCUAACGAAUUUCAUAAUUAUACUCAUCUAACUUAAUGCUUUAUCAAGAAAAUGUAAGAAAGCAAAAACUUUUCGUUUAUGACAAGCAGUCGUCAUUUUAAAAUUAAAGCUAAAACUGAAAAUGCUAAAUCUCUUGACAGAGCCUAAAGCAGUCAUGAUCUGAAAACUGAAUAAAAUGAUAACUUGUCUGUAGCCUCAUCGAAACUAACUUCUAGCAGACAAAAUUUACUGAGCUCUACAUCAAUAUCGAAUUUGACUGAUAAAUAUAUUAACACUAUAAAAAGAGGAAGUAAUACUAAUUAAAAUUAGUUAAGUAUAGGAAGUAAUUUAUAAAUUGAUGCUUUUGAUACUUUUAUGGGAUUAAAAAGUAGAAAUUUAACAAGCUCAUAUAGCAAUAGUAGGAUUGGUACUUCCUUUAAUAACUUCACAAGUGAAAAUAAAUCAAAUUUAUAUAAGCCCUACCAAUCAACCUCUUUAAGAAAUCUCUCCAUAAAUUUUUGA